AGUAACUGAUUUACAGGUGCGACGGCAAGGGAGAAGACAGAGUUCACUUCUUUCCGUGUGUGUGUGUGCUUGAGUGUGCACGUGUGCGUGUUUGUGUGAGUGUCAGAGAGUUCAUAACACAGACCUUGGACCAGGGAACCCUGCCUUUCUACCAGAGAAGGAAGCUUCCUCUCGACACGUAAAACUGACCGGAGGUCUUCUCACUGGAGCUACAGUGGCAGACACAGCUCUCACGUGAUAACAGAGAAGCCUGAUGGCCAUUUUGUCCGAAGGGGAAAGUGCAGGCUCUGUGUUGUCUCUCUCUCUCUCCCUCUCCUCGCUGUGUAAGGAACAGAUCUAACGUCAUCUGACAAGCCUCACUUGGCUGCACCACUCCAGGUACCAGCUCUUUACAUCUGGGUGUGUUUGAAUGUCAUAUUGUUCCUGGGUAAUAAGAAGCAGAGUUUGAUGUUUAUUACCGUUGUGUGCUUAGGUGUGUCUGACUUGACACGUUUACAGUGACGGUCUCUAAAACGAGCAGAUCCUCUGUCAGAGCUUGCGUAUUCUCCGAGAUGUUAUAACAGAAGUUCUUUUUCUGGUCGCGGCUACAGUUUGUUGUGUAUGAAUCUGUCCGACACGAGACCAGGGUCAGUUACCCUGGCUGAGGGAGACCAGCAAGGGCCAACAGGAAGGAACGCGGGAGCGGCAGGAACUGCGACCAGUGGAGGCGCCGCAGGGGUUGGGGGCUGGUUGCCAUGGUGACCCUGAACCGCCUAAGUGUGGUGGAUCCUGAGGACAGGUGCCCCCUGCUAGCGGAGGUGGAGUCGGUCCAGGUCUCCCCCGGCAACCACCACCAUCACCAACACUCCAGGAAACCUGGCACCAGGGAGCUCCUUCUCAGCAGGACUAACAACCUAGCCCUGAGUCUGGUGUUGCUGGUGGGAUGUUACUCUGCUGUCCUCAUCCCUGAACUUCUACCCUCCAACAAGCUGUCCUCAACAGAGGACAGCCUGACACAAAGAGAUCUGGCCUUGCUGAACCGCUCGGCCUCCCUGCUCUCCGGAGCCUGCCAGUCAGACUGGUGUGUGAGCCGCCUGCGCUCCCUGGCCUGCUCCCCGGGCCUCCAGGACAUCCCCGUCUUCCUCCAGCAGGCCCACAGGCCCGUGCCCUGGGAGCAUGCCCCUCCGCUGGGGCUGCAGGGCAGCGAGGAGCCGCUGGUCCUGGCCCUGGCCUCCAUCCCUAAGCCGGGCCUGCCCGCGCACCUGGCAGGAAGGGGGGGUGCGGGGGGCUGCAGGCGCUGUGUGGUGGUGGGCAGCGGAGGGGUGCUCCACGGCAGCCAUCUUGGCUCUCACAUCGACCAGUAUGACAUCAUCAUCAGAAUGAACAACGCGCCGGUGUCUGGGUUUGAGCGGGACGCAGGCUCCAGGACCACCAUCCGCCUCAUGUAUCCAGAGGGAGCCCCUCAUUCCCCCAGAGAGUACCUACACACCCCCCUGGUGGGCCUGGUGGUCUUCAAAAGCCUGGAUCUGGAUUGGCUCACCUCCAUCAUCACCAAACAGCCUCUGAGCUUCUGGUCCAAGCUGUGGUUCUGGAGGGAGGUGGUGGAGGACAUUCCUCUGGACCCGGGGAACUUCCAGAUCCUCAACCCGGAGAUCCUGCACAGGACGGGGCUGGCGCUCCAGAGCUACACCCAGCAGCAGAGAACGAUGGUGCCCACGCUUGGGGCCAGUGCGGUGGUGAUGGCCCUGCAGCUGUGUGACCAGGUCAGCCUGGCCGGCUUCGGCUACGACCUGCAGCAGCCCGGAGCCAGACUGCACUACUACGAGUCGCUACGCAUGGAUGCCAUCAAGGCCCAGGUGGUCCACGACGUCAGCGCCGAGAAGCUCUUCCUGAGAGAGCUGGUGUCCGCAGGGGCGGUUAGCGACCUCACGGGGGCGCUGUGAAGCGGGCGCAGCGAGGCCACCGUCCCCCCGCCCCCCCUCCUUCCCCUCCUCGGGUUCACCAUGCCGACACGAGGGGGGUCUAUGCUACACUGGAGCUCCUCCUCUCUCGUCCUGUCGCUUUCAAACUCGCUCUCUCUCUCCCUUCAGGCUCUCUUCUGGUGGAAAACGCUCAAUUGGACCUUUCACAGCACAGUAGAGACGGCAUGAGGGGACACGUUUCACUUCGAUAGGGUCAAAUGAGUUCCCCCUCCCAACAAACGUGCUACGUCAGGCCUCUCUUGGCAGAAACACCGCGGCCACCAACUGGCCUGGAAUAACUCUAACAUGGGCGCAGUUCCUUUAGUCUUCACCAGAGCAUUCACAGAAGGGGGCUGUGAUAUGCAGAAUAUUCCAGAAUACGAGAGAUUGUAGAGGAGCUGAUGUCCUCAAGGGUGAAUGUGGAUGCCGACUUGGAAAAUCGUCAUCGCACAUCAGUUGACCCAUUUCCCAUUUGUUUGAUUUGAAGAAGCUUAGAAAGGGUUUAAUUUGUAUUUUUGUUAUUGCUGUGUUCUUUUUAAAGACAAUAAACGAAUUUGACCAUCAUUGAAGAUUUUACAUGAAUCUUCUUUGCCUUGGAAUGUGGUGUUUUGCUGAAUGAUAAUCUGUGGCAAUUACAGAACAUUAUCAUCGUCAGACUGGGACAGUGGUGAAAUAGUUUCACAAAUAGAAAACGAAACAGCGAGUCUGAGACUGUUCAAUAAUGUACUAUAUUAGACACGGAUCAAUACAAAACAUUAGAGACAAAAUAUACACACAGUACAGUGUAUUUAUAUUGCACAAAUAUAUCUAUGUAUAAAUAAUGACAGGAUCUAUCAGUCUAUGCACAUCCACCAAAAGUUACAGCAUUAUACAUGAAGACCUGAAGAUAAAACAGCAAUCUCCAAUCACCUAUCUGAAGAUCCUGUCACAAAGAGCUGCAGCUAUACGUCUACUCAUAGAAACACUUUCUCCUCUGCCUUGCAUUGUGCUGUGCUCGGCUGGUCAUGCUAGAUA